CUUCCGCGCGCCCCGGCCGCUCCCCCGCCGCGCCCCCGAGCGCCCCCGAGCGCCCCCGAGCGCCCCCGAGGCGUGCCGCCGCCCGGGUCUGCCCCCGCCGGCUCCCUUCCCCUCGCUCCCUCGCCCUCUCGCGCUCUCCGGCUCUCGCAGGGCCUGCUUCGCGGUGCGUGCGCGCGGGCGGCGGCGAGCCGUCUCGGACGCAGCAUGCAGGCACGCUACUCGGUGUCCGACCCCAAUGCCCUGGGAGUGGUGCCCUACUUGAGCGAGCAGAACUACUACCGGGCGGCCGGCAGCUACGGCGGCAUGGCCAGCCCCAUGGGCGUCUACUCCGGCCACCCGGAGCAGUACGGCGCGGGCAUGGGCCGCUCCUACGCGCCCUACCACCACCACCAGCCCGCGGCGCCCAAGGACCUCGUAAAGCCGCCCUACAGCUACAUCGCGCUCAUAACCAUGGCGAUCCAGAACGCGCCCGAGAAGAAGAUCACCCUGAACGGCAUCUACCAGUUCAUCAUGGACCGCUUCCCCUUCUACCGGGAGAACAAGCAAGGCUGGCAGAACAGCAUCCGCCACAACCUGUCGCUCAACGAGUGCUUCGUCAAGGUGCCCCGCGACGACAAGAAGCCCGGCAAGGGCAGCUACUGGACGCUGGACCCGGACUCCUACAACAUGUUCGAGAACGGCAGCUUCCUGCGGCGCCGCCGGCGCUUCAAGAAAAAGGACGUGCCCAAGGAGAAGGAGGAGCGGGCCCACCUCAAGGAGCCGCCCCCGGCCGCGGCCAAGGGCGCCCCGGCCGGGCCCCCUCUAGCGGACGCCCCCAAGGAGGUCGAGAAGAAGGUGGUGAUCAAGAGCGAGGCGGCGUCGCCCGCGCUGCCGGUCAUCACCAAGGUGGAGACGCUGAGCCCCGAGAGCGCGCUGCAGGGCAGCCCGCGCAGCAGCGCCUCCACGCCCGCCGGCUCCCCCGACGGCUCGCUGCCCGAGCACCACGCCGGCGCGCCCAACGGGCUGCCCGGCUUCAGCGUGGAGAACAUCAUGACGCUGCGAACCUCGCCGCCGGGCGGCGAGCUGAGCCCCGCGGCCGGGCGCGCGGGCCUGGUGGUGCCGCCGCUCGCGCUGUCCUACGCCGCCGCGCCGCCCGCCGCCUACGGCCAGCCGUGCGCGCAGGGCCUGGAGGCCGGGGCCGCGGGGGGCUACCAGUGCAGCAUGCGCGCCAUGAGCCUGUACACCGGCGCCGAGCGGCCCGCGCACAUGUGCGUCCCGCCCGCGCUGGACGAGGCCCUCUCGGACCACCCGAGCGGCCCCGCGUCGCCCCUGAGCGCCCUCAACCUCGCCGCCGGCCAGGAGGGCGCGCUCGCUGCCGCGGGCCACCACCACCAGCACCACGGCCACCACCACCACCCGCAGGCGCCGCCGCCGCCGCCCCCGCCCCCGCCCCCGCCGGCGCCCCAGCCCCAGCCGGCGCCCCAGCCCGGGGCCGCCGCCGCCCAGGCCGCCGCCUCCUGGUAUCUCAACCACGGCGGGGACCUGAACCACCUCCCGGGCCACACGUUCGCGGCCCAGCAGCAGACUUUCCCCAACGUCCGGGAGAUGUUCAACUCUCACCGGCUGGGGAUGGAGAACUCGACCCUCGGGGAACCGCAGGUGAGCACCAACGCGAGCUGUCAGCUGCCCUACAGAUCCACGCCAUCUCUCUACCGCCACGCCGCCCCCUACUCCUAUGACUGCACGAAGUACUGACCUGCCCGGCCCGCUCCGGCUUCGCCUCCCGCACCCGGACCCGGACCUCUCAGACCGUUCGGGCUGCAGAGACGCAAAAAGAACCAAAACAUUGCCCACCAGCUUUUUCUCAGACCCAGGAGCAGAGAGCGCGCUCGCCAGCCUCAGCCCUUCUCUGUGAAGCUGCAGGUAACUUUAAUUCGAUGCCUCCCCCCACCCCCGUUUCCGAGAUCCUAAGAAGCCCCGGUAAAGGGACGCAGCCCGGCGAAAUGAAUAUUGAUUCUAAACCCACCCACCCGCCCCCUCCCCUCUCCCCUCUCCCCUCCCAGGAUGGUUGUGCUCGCUGCUCCAGCUGGGGUUUCCAAAAUUAAGUUACGGACCAAAUCCCAUAGCGACCCAGUAAUGACUCUCUGUAGAGACCCCCAUAGGUCUAUGGGGGCCUCUAUAGAUUACCUUUGUGCUGUGUGUAAUUUUAAAUUUCUCUAACCGUGCUGUACAAAUGUGUGGAUUUGUAAUCAGGCUAUUUUGUUGUUGUUGUUCAGAGCCAUUAAUAUAAUAUUUAAAGUUGAGUUCACUGGAUAAUGUUUUUCAUCUUGCCCAACCAUUUCGAACUGCCAAAAUGAAGAUUUAAGAAACCCAUGUGGGGUGUUUCUUUUUUUAAAAAAAAAAAAACCCUGUACACUUAUGAGAUAUGAUUCUUUUCCCCGGUGGUAGGUCUUUUACAAAACAAGGAAAUAAUUUAUUUUUUGUUGUUGGCGGAUAAAGAAGUCAAGUAUCUGAUACUUUAUAUUUACAAAGUGUGAUGGUUUUGUAUAGUAGGUUCCUCCCUGAGCAUUCCUAAAAGAAAAAAAAAUCUUUAAAAAUUUAACUUCACCUGUGUUUGUCUUAUGUGGUCUUAAUUGUUGUACUUACCUUAAA